GCCGUAGGGGGCACAGAUAUUCAGGUAUUGCAACGAAAACAGAAUCGACGCAGACGCGCGAGCGAGCCAUACUUGCUCGUCAUAAUGAGUGCGUUGUGUUGAGAUACCCGUCCCCUAGUGUUUACAAUUUUCCUUGACAAAACUAAUCAGUGUUAUGAUUGCACAUUGUUGGAAAAUAUUUGUGAAAAUAGUACAGUGAUCAUUCGAUUUCCAAAUUGUUUUAUUCGAAAUUAUUCGUGAUACAGAUAUAUGAGAGGCUCAGUGUAAGUAAAUACACUCAGUUGUAUUUCCCUGUGUUACUUCAAACUUGUGUCUUGUUACGAAAAUGGCGAAUCUUACAAAUCGCCGAUAUUCUUAUGGAAAUUUUGUAUAUAUCUAUAUGGAUAACAAAAAGUGAAACUAUUCUACGAUUCUAAUGUGGAAGAACUUUAUCGGGGCCAAGUAAGGAAAAAAUUUCGGAUAGUCAAAGAUGGAUGCAACAAUUGAGAGAGAGUGCAGUGCUUUGGGUGGCCUCUUUCAACAGAUUAUAACUGACAUGAAGAAUGGAGCACCAUUAUGGGAAGAUUUGAUUUCAAAAGCAACCAAAUUACAUUCUUGUCUAAGGGCUGCUAUUUUAGCUAUUUCUGCAUAUCUUGAAACCUUUCAAAAAAUUGCUGAUGCUGCAACUAGUGCAAGAGGUGCAACAAAAGAAAUUGGAACUGCUUUAACCCGGAUAUGCCUUAGACAUAAAGCAGUAGAAACACGUAUGAAAUCAUUUACUAGUGCUAUUAUGGAUUGCUUGGUGUUGCCUCUUCAAGAAAAAUUAGAAGAUUGGAAAAAAUCUUUAAUAAAUUUAGAUAAAGAACAUGCUAAAGAAUAUAAAAAAGCAAAAGCAGAAUUAAGAAAGCGAUCUACUGAUACAUUACGUUUGCAAAAGAAAAAAGCACGAAAAGGUCAUCAUUUACAAGGACAGUCACAAGGACAUGGAACAUUAUCAAGUGAUAUUGAAUUGAAUCGAAUGCUAGAAUCUUCAGCUGCUGUUGUUCAAGAAAAACGGUUAAGUUUAGAAGAAACGGAAAGAAAAGCCGUUCGUGCGGCUUUACUCGAAGAAAGGGGCAGAUAUUGUCUUCUUGCCAGAUUUUUGAAACCAGUACUUGAUGAAGAAAUUGCAAUGCUAAUGGAACUGACACACUUGCAAGAGGUUUCUGAUCAAUUACAACGACAUGCAGCCUCUCCACAUCAUUUACCUCCUGCAUCAGAGCAAGUGAUAACAGAUAUAAAAGGUUGCGAUGUAACACAGUGGUCACUUGCUACACCACCCUCAAGUCCUUCUCUGUCACUUGGGUCAAGGAAAAGUUCAAUGUGUUCAAUUAGUUCUUUGACUAGUAGCAGCAGUGGUUCUUGUAAAAGUCAUCCAAGUCCAUCUGGACACCCUUGGCACAGAUCACUUUCUCAGUCUGUCGGUGUCAGGCCCUCCAGCAUCAACGGUAUGAUGACACUACGCCACUUGGUAAAUGGUAGUUCCCGUGACUCUGGCUUCACUUCUCAGGACACGUUAUACACACAACCAAUCUCUGAACAUCAGGUAUCAAAUGUGUCUUCUCAAACUAAUCAAAAUACUGGUUGUACUACAACAAGACCUGUAACUACUGCUACUUGGCCUGACUUGCAGGAAACAUCAGUUCAGUAUGAUAGACAAAAUCAAAACACAAUCAACGAACGGCCGCACACGAUCUCUUCUGCUUAUGAAAAAGGCCACCAAAGACCAGCACUCAGUGUCUACACAUUCCAAGCUCCAGAUAAUAGUGGCUGUUGUCAUAGUCAACCCGCUUCUCCAGUUUCUUCUUCCUCUUCAUGUUCUUCCUCUAAUCAACAAGCAUCCAGAGUACAAUUGCGUAGAAAUAAUGGUAGUCAUCGCCCUCCUAUACCAAACAGAUGUUCCAGUUUAGAGCGACCAACAGUUCCAGUAAAAAAUGAACCUCCUGGAAGUCCUAGAGGGAAACCUAAGUUACCACUUCCAGCACAUUUAGCAAAAGAAUUAGCAACUCAUCAACUUCAACAACCAAUGUAUGUGAACAUGCACGAAUUAGCAAAUUUAGCUGCAAGUCGCGCUCAAGAGAUGCAGUUACCUUUACCACCACCUCCUGCUUCAUUAUCAGCACCAGGAACUGAAAAGACUGAAAUUACGGAAAAAGAUGGUGGAAGUCAAACAUCAGAAUCUAGUAUCGAAUCUAGCAGUGGAUAUGGAAGUCAAACUACUAUACCGCAUUCUCAUUCACUCCAUAAUCCAAGUGAGAAUACAUGGAAUGUACCUGGUGCUGUAUCUACUUUAACGGUCCGUAGAGGAUCGAUGCAGCAAGUGAAUAAACCUCCACCACCAACAAGACGAACGUCUACUAUUAUAACUGCCACAUUCAAUAAUCCAUCAGCAGGUUCUAACGAUGAACGCACUGAUAAUACUUGCGACGAAACUGAAAAUCUUCCUCCCCCGCCAGCGUUUUUGUUAGAAGGUUCUUCACCUACAGCUAGUCCGACUCCUCAACGAUCUAUCUCAGUGUCGGAAACAGUAAGGACUCUUACAGAGUUACGUCAUACACCUGCUAGUCCAUCUCUUUUACGGAAGGCUACAGGACAAGCACAGUCGCAUAACAAUGCGUCUGCUACAUUACCGCAUAAUGCUGUGUUGCAAGUAACUCGAUCAUCUGUUGAACGUUCGUGUGCAGCCAUUCGUUCAGCUUCUCUAGAACGUAAUUCAAAUACUACGCAAAUAACUACUGUCAAUACAGGUGUAAAUAUUCAAGGGCAAGGUCCGGGAGGGGUUGGUCAAAGUUUUAUGGCGGUUCUCAGUGCUAAGCUUAUUAACAGUACAGGUAAUAAUGCCACAAGUGGUAACAAUACGAAUAGUAGUCCCAAAUCUUCCAGAAAGCACUCCAUUGAACAACAGAUAAGUAAAAAUUCUAAAACACCAUCUGGUUUUCUCGAGACUUUGAAUGCUAAAUUAGCGCAACAACAGCAAAACUUGCAAGGAAAUAAUACAACGAGUAGAUCCGCAAGCGUAAGACGCAUGAUGGGUAAUCGUGUACCCAUUAUGGAUCCCUUACAAGUCAGGGAUUCUCUCAUGGAUCAAAUACGAAAAGGUACCUCUUUAAGGAAAACCAGUGGUCCCAUUAACGAUCGUUCAGCACCUAAAAUUUAUUGAGUAUUAUAAUACGGAUGUUCGUACAAGUUCCUUUGUUAUUUCUGAUGCAUCUGAUAUUUGCGACCGUUGUAAAAAUCGCAACACGCAUUAUCAAGUCUGAACAAUAACGUGUUUACAUCGCCAAAUAAAAUUGCGUUUAUCACGCGUAUAUAUGUACCUUUACGAACGUACAUUUGGUAAUUGAUAAUCAGUUAGACUGACUUCUUUGCAUUUCGGUGCACUGAUGUAAAAUUCAAAGAGUAAAGCAAAUUUUUUACCUGAAUUCGUUAAUAUCGUGUUUAGUUUGAUUAAAAUUGUGUAGGAAAGGCAAGCUCUAUAUUAAAUCCAUCUUUAAUUUAUAUUUCACAAUGCGUGUCAUAAUAUAUAUAAUAUAUACAUAUAUAUUAAUUCAGUGCAAAGAUAAAACGACGUAUCUUGUUUAAUUAGAGAGCCCAAUUUUAUCGUACACGUACUUUAUAAUUUAAAAUAAUAAGAUUUAAAUAAUAUAUUUAUAAACUAAAGUAGUAUAUUUACAUAUUAUUGCAACUUUAAGUUUUAACUUAAGUUGAUGUUUGAUACUAAUGCCUGAUGCUUGCCAGUACUAUGGAAAACCUGACUGACUGAAUCAUAUUUUAGUAGGAAUUUAAUACUUUAUAUUUUAAUUUAAAGAAGAAAUACAAAAUCUGCAUAUAUAAUUUAAUAUAGAGCUCGUGUCUUAAUAUAUUAUUAUUUUACAUGUAGUGAUUAAUUUUACCUGUAUUGUCUGUCUUUCAUUUUCUUGUAUGAAGCGCACAAACACAAUUGUCAUUUUUAUUUCAGACUAUUUUUAUUUCCUACUCAGUAUCGUGUUCCAUGCGAGCACAGGUUCUAAUAGUAGCAUUUGUCAACCAAUAUAAUACUGUUUGGUAUGACAAAAUUGAACGUAAAUGUAUGUGAGUAUUACUGCCCAGGUAGAACUUAAUUUUAGAAUUAGUUUUUAUAUUGGCCCGAUUCCAUCGAGAUUUAUAUCUUUAAUAUUUAUUCAAUAUCGAUAUACAAUAAUAUUGUAUUUUCCAGACUACAGUAUUACUGCAUUAUUUUUUGUGUUUGAACAAUUCGUAAGUUAAUUUUACCACACUUGAAAGUUUUUGUAUUAACUUAGUGUAGAUUUCUUUAGAUUAUACCAAUUGUCUUUUACACAUACCGCCUUCUUGCUAGAGAAGUGACACUUUUAAAAAAUCCUUAAUUUCGAUAUGUUUGUAAAAAUUCCCCAACUUUUUUUUAAUAUUAAACGAUAUAUAUGAAUAAUAUUUUAUAAAAAAUGUUAGAAAUUAUUAGUUAAAUUACAACAAAAUUAUUAAAUUGGUAAAUAAUUACUAAAUUGUUCAAUAAUUAAUAAUCUUCCAUUUCAAAGAUUCUAUUUUAUUUUUAUUAACUGUGGAUCACUUUUCUAGCAAACUGAUGAUAACAACUUAGUCCUAGUUUUAAAACGUAUCCAUAUUUCGGAAUACAAUGGAUUUGUAUUUAGAAUACUUCGCGAUUGCAAUGUCUGUCUCUUGCAUAUUGAUUCUACAUAUCCGAAUUUUUGUAUCACUGUGUUUUUUGACAUUAGGGUAAGUAUUGUACAAUACUGUUUUAUAAUAUCGAUAUCUACGAAGUUAGGAGAGCUGUUGAGAUAUGUGCAUUUACUAUUUACUCGAGCAUUUACUGCCAACGUGUUCGACCAAUAUUCUCGUAAAUAUUGAGUCAACAUUUCGUCACAGUACUUGUGUUCUGCCUGGGCAAUGCUGUUCCAAUAUCGCAUAUUUCGUAAGAGCCUCCAGUCCAACGACCGUGUCUUGAGUGGACGUAAAUCCACCUUCGGCGUUUCUUUGCUUCGAUAUCCAGCGAACAGCUUUCAAGGC